AUGGACUAUAUGGAAGGGGAGAGAUUGGAUAAAGUUUGCAAUGGGCUUCCUGAAGAGGAGAAGCUAGAUCUUGUAGACCUCAAAGGAGAGUACAUCGGAUCACUCGAUCGCGGAACAGCAAUUUAUGGGCGGAGAUUCAACUUGGAGGGCGGUCCAUUCGAUAUGGAAGUGGAGUUCAUCCACUUCCUCUUGUCAGACACACUUCGGGUUGCUCCACAGAUACUUCGCGAUAUUGCAUCUUGUUCCUUGCGGACGGAUCAUAAGGCUGUCUUUACUCUCGGCGAUUUUGCACUCCGGAAUAUCAAUGCCAAAGACGGACAAGUCAUGGGGCUUCUCGGUUGGGAAAAUUCGGGAUGGUACCCAGAGUACUGGGAAUAUGUAAGGACUCUUAACGGAUCAGACCAUCGUCUUAGCUGGUAUAACUACGCAGGGCAGAUAUUUCCAAAUUGCUAUGAGGCUGAGUAUAUCAACGAUCGUUUCCUUGGAUCACUUCUUCGCCACUAA